UUACUUUAGCUCCUUGGAAUUCAGUCGUUCUUUGACCUCUUGAGAUUAAGGUAAUACAAAUAGCAACCAUCAGAUAUCCAGCAGAAUGUCGACUACAGCAUCCGCAUCUACUCUAUGGAUUGGUGGGCUGGAAUCCUAUAUGGACGAUAAAUUCAUCACGAAUGCAUUCGCAGCACUAGGAGAAAGUUUCCUGUCCAUCCGCACUCCUAAAAUCCGUGGCAGCUCGCAACUGGCAGGUUAUGCGUUUAUAGAUGUGACUGAUGAGGACACAGCAACUCAGAUGAUGAAGAAACUCAAUGGCCUACCUAUCCCAGGCAGUGAGCCCGUCAAGCAUUUCAUUGUCAAACGGCCCAGUGCGCGAGCUAGUGGACCAGAGUUUUCCGUGUUUGUUGGAGAUCUGUCGAACGAUGUCACCAGUGAAUACUUGAAUAGGUUCUUCCGCAACCGCUACACAUCUGUGCGGGACGCAGUUGUAAUGUCCGAUGCUGCUGGGCUGUCACGAGGCUUUGGGUUUGUUCGCUUCACCGAUCCUGACGAGCAGCAGCGUGCCAUGACGGAAAUGCAAGGCGCCAAGGGCUGUGGGACAAAGCCACUUCGAGUCAGCGCGGCCACCUCUGGCAAGAACCGCACCAGUUCUUCGCAGUCAGCCGGUGGCUUAUCGUCUAUGCCGGCGACGGGCACCGGUGGGGGCACAGCCGGUACACCAACAUAUGAUCCAGCUACUAUGCUAGCUAUGCUGGCUCAACAACAGCAGCAGCCACAACAGCCACAGCAACAGGCUGCAUACAUGCCUGGUUGGCCGGGUGUGGGCUGGGCGGGCCAGCAACAGAUGUACGCUCAAACCUAUCCGAUGUACGAUGAAAGUGCUAUGGCCGCAAGCAGCAUGGCGGUAGAGCCGUGUGAAGAUCCCAAUCCUCCCAUAGACACGGAAGAGCUGAAUGCUGCCAUUUUCCGGGCGGAAAACGUUUUGUUUGAUGACAUGGAAUCAUCGCAAUGGCAGCCAGUUGAGAGUGUCAUGUCUGGCAUUCCAUCCCUCCUGCCCGCGUAGCCUCAACUCGCCGCAAUCAUCAUGUGACCGUGCAUUUGUAUGCGCGCAGCAGCGGUGUUCCCCAAGAGUGUACGGUUAGCUCACACACUUCCCGUGGAGAGAGGCUAACGGCCUGUAGCCACUCAAAGCCUGUGACUCGUGUGAGCAUGUGUCCAGUCACAAUGUGCGCAAAUGAAGUGAGUACGCAUCUUUCACACGCCGCCUGGGCUGCGUUAUGUUGCUGCCAAGGCCGUUCGAGUGACUGCUUCGGAUAUGACACACAAGCAGGGCUAGGAAUGUAGGCACGCUGGCCGUGGCUUACUACAGCAAGUACACAGUGCACCUCAAGGCCCAGAAAUACCAUUGUCUCUACGAACUGCAAGUGUUAGUUGCGUGGCGUGCCAAGAUCUGACUUGCGACCGGGUAGUGUACUGAUCCAACUGAUGCGUCUUGUUUUCUAGUCAAAGCCUGACGAAUAACUUAGUGUCACUGAGUGGUGUGUGGCAGGACUUCAUGUAACAAGCAGCAACAGCUGAGUCUGAACAAGUUAGUAACACUAAGGCGUUCUGAUAUUUUGUCUUUUCUAGGCAGUGUUCCUGAGUUCAUCUGUUUCGCUCACUUAUGCAACUUGUGUAGACAGAGUUGUAUACUAACAUGGCGGGACUCUUCCGCUGAUUGUAAGCUAUCGUCCUGUCUGUACCCCCGUUUGAUUCUGUGUCCCGUAUACAGUUUAUUUGAUUCGUUUCUGGGAGAAUAAUGCACUCCCAUAAUUUAUGGCAUUGACAUCCGUAAUAAAAUUAAUACACUGUAAUACACUUCAA